AUUUGUCAUUUUUCUUCUUUUACUUAAUAAUUUUUUGGAAAAAAAAAAAUGAUUUUUUUAGGGGUUUGUUUGGUUGCACCAAACAUUGUGAAAUUCAUGAUUCAUCAGUCUACAGUGUUGCAAAUUUUCAUGACAUUUGGUGCAACCAAACAAUACUUUCAAUCUAAAGCACUUGAAGAAUGGCAUGUAGGUUAACCUACAACUGGUUUUAGGUGAUCAGUUCUUACUUUUUUCGAAUUUAUCCAUUGAAAAUGCUAUAGAUUUUUAUGCCAUGAGUAACUUAUCUUAGUUUCUACUUACUAAGAAGUUAAGUAAGUUUGGUAAACAACCUACUUAUCAGCAUCUCCUCUCUUUCAUCUCCUAUGCCUCUCUUCAGCAACUUUUGAAAAGUAGAAAGCUAAAAGAAAUUAACUGAAGUGAUUAAGUAAUUUUAAGUAAAAAGGUUACUUAUAACUAAUCAUAAACCAAACUUACUUAUCUGAAAUAAGUUACUUAUCUACUGCUGUUAAGUAGAAAAAGUAAAUUAUUUGGUGGUAUCUAAAUGGGCCUAACCAUGGAUGCACCAUGUACCAAAAAUAUCUUGGAUAAAACGAUACCAACACGCCUAUGACUGUACUGACAAGAAGAGGUACAACAACAGACCACAUUCGACUGGAAAAAAAAAAACCAUGAUUGGCUGCUUGAGGCAGAUUACUAGGGAUUUUCUUCAGACCAUCUGAAAAUAUGUUCCUGUGUUCACUAUAAGCAGUAACCGUCAAAGUUCACAGCUCAGAUAUAACCGGUUUGCAAACGCCUUUAGCUCCAUUCUCUGCCUUCAUCUUUCACAUGGAAUCAUAAAUGAUUUUGUUCAGAUCAGCAAGAUGGUGGGGUUUAUGCAUUUUUCACUAUCACCUGGGCAAUUGGGAAUAUGUAAGGCGAGGGAAACCAUCAGUAAACACUUCUAAUGGGACAGAUGUUCAUCUUAUUGAUUCUUUCCAUUACACAUCCCUAGAGAUGAGAAGGUUUUUAUAAAAUAAAAAAGAAAUAAAAAAUCAAAUGAAAACCCAAACCAGAGCAGUAUUGAUAGGCUGCUUUCAAAAGAUUACACAGCAUAGGCUGCCAUAUACUGAAUAUGUCUCCACUCGCUGGUGGGUAUGGAGGUUACUUUAGUCAUUUUCUUGUCCUGCAUUAAGAUCCUCAUUAGCAUAUAUAUUGAAUUGCGGACUUGUCAGUUACCGAGCACCUGAAGUUUUGCUUCAGUCACCUAUAUAUGACUCUGCAAGUUUUGCCUGGUGAAGUUAUCAACGCCAGUUUCCAAGUCACAUGGUUUGGAACAAAUCCUAGGGUAAACAUCAUGGAUCCAGAACUGAUAAGGGAAUUCCUUUCGAAUAAGUUUGGCCACUUUGCAAAGCAAAAGCCAACUGCAUUUGGGAAGCAGUUAGUAUCUGGGCUCGACCCAACUGAGCAAACUGGUAUUGAUAACUUAAUGAUACAACAACUUGAUGGAAUAGUUAAUGAGUGGGGCUGGUGCAAGCAGAAGCUUGGUGGUAAUGCUAUAUUGGCAGUAUCACUUGCUGUCUGUAAAGCAGGUGCUAGUGUGAAAAAGUUCCCUCUUUACCAGGUAUAGGAACUGAUUAUCUUCUCUCCAUUUGGCACAGCCUCUGCUAGAUGGUAUGUUUGUUAAGUCGCACUCUCUGUCAUGCUGCACAUUGUGAACCUUGUUGGGAACAAAACUCUAGUUCUGCCUGUGCCUGCAUUUAAUGCCAUCAAUGGAGGAUCACAAGCAGGCAAUAAGCUGGCAAUGCAGGUAUGGUUGAAGCAAACAAUAUGUUAUGAGAAGUGUUGUUGUGAAAAUGACAAUCUGUUCGACUGUGUAUCUUUUUUAUUUUUUAUUUUAUAGGAGUUUAUGUUCCUUCCUGUUGGGGCAUCCACUUUCAAGGAAGCCAUAAAGAUGGGUGUCAAAGUAUAUCACGAUUUGAAGGCAAACUUGGAUGCUUCUUAUAUAAUGUACACCACACGUGAUUCCCAACUUGUAAGCCAACCAAACACAUGCAGUAAAAUUUCCACGAAUCACAAUGCCUACUACAGGAAGUUGUCCAAACAAAGAAAUUAUAAUUGCCAGCAGUUAACAACAUCCAAGCAUUGCAAUACCUGGUAAUUGAAAUAUCCAGCGCAUCUAGAUGCCCCCAAUUCAAAUGAUCCUGAAGUAAUCUCAUGUAGUUUUGUUUCUCAAAAUUCUAAUGACUUAUCUUUAUAAUUUGUAAAAUUGGAGAAGCUAUAUUGGUGGGUAUUUUGGAAGUGGGUUAUUUCCCAAUGUACUCAUUAUGUCAAAGCACAGUUCGAACAUACCUAAAAAAAAAUGCUAGGACCAGUUUGAUAUUUGCUAUGUUUCAGGACUCACACAUUUGUGUAAGGACAUAAUGGAUUUUCAAUCUUUUAGAGUUUAUUAACUACUCCUUAGAGCAGUUGAAGUUGGCAAAGCUAUUGGAGACAUUCUAUAAGUGCAUUAUUGCCUAACUACUGGUUCUGAAUUUCAAAACAAGGUUACCCAAUUUCAAAGCAAGGCUGUUCACUGCCCAUUAUGGUCUUGGAGUAUGAUUUUUGUUUCCUUCAAUUGUUUAUGUAGGUAGGAUUUCAUGCGUUAUAUGCAUUUAGUGUGAUAUGAACAUCUAUUUCACUUGUUGACCUCAUCCUAUUGUUAUUAUGGCUGCUGCUGCUGCUGAGCUACUACUACCACUACCACUACUGCCACCACGACCACCACUACCAUCACUCUGUGAAUAUGUUUCCAUUAUGAAACUACCAGCUGGUUUUUUAGUAGUAUGCAGAGCUUUUUGGCUU